AGAAAGUACUUGGUCUCUUGCUUAGACUUGAGGAGCCUCACUCGGAACGGUAAGGAUGCACGCAAUCUAGUUGCCUCACCGGCUUAUUUAUAUUGAUGCACACAUCGCUUCCUGUCGGCGACGACCGCCUAGAUCCGGGGAAGGUUUUUGCAGACGUACCCAAAACUGUUUCCAAGGUUUCCUCAGAUUUGGGCUGUUCCGCAGCGGCAGGUCCCGGGAACCAAGGCAACAGAGAUCUUCCUAGGCUCGCGAGAGCGCCCCCUUCUCCCACGGCUGCUGGGGGCCCCCCAGUAGCAAUGGCUCCGGUGUCCGGCUCGCGCAGCCCGGGUAGGGAGGCCUCGGGCUCGGGGGGAAGGCGUCGCAGUUCGUCGAAGAGUCCGAAGCCCAGCAAAUCUGCCCGUUCCCCGCGGGGCCGCCGCUCUCGCUCGCACUCUUGCUCUCGGUCCGGGGAUCGGAAUGGACUCAGCCAUCAGCUGGGUGGCCUCAGCCAAGGCUCCCGAAACCAGUCCUACCGCUCACGCUCGCGGUCGCGUUCUAGAGAGCGGCCUUCUGCGCCCCGGGGCAUCCCCUUCGCUUCUGCCUCCUCGUCAGUCUAUUAUGGCAGCUACUCGCGCCCCUACGGGAGCGACAAGCCUUGGCCUAGCCUCCUCGACAAGGAAAGGGAGGAGAGCCUGCGGCAGAAGAGAUUAAGUGAGAGAGAGAGAAUUGGAGAAUUGGGAGCUCCUGAAGUAUGGGGACUUUCUCCAAAGAAUCCUGAACCAGAUUCCGAUGAGCAUACACCAGUGGAGGAUGAAGAGCCAAAGAAAAGCACUACUUCAGCUUCUACUUCAGAAGAAGAAAAAAAGAAGAAGAAGAAGUCUAGCCGUUCAAAAGAAAGGUCCAAGAAAAGGAGAAAGAAAAAAUCAUCGAAAAGAAAACAUAAGUAUUCUGAAGAUAGCGACAGUGACUCUGAUUCAGAAACAGACUCCAGUGAUGAAGAUAACAAAAGGAGAGCAAAGAAAGCCAAGAAAAAGGAAAAGAAGAAGAAACACAGAUCGAAGAAAUAUAAGAAAAAGAGGUCUAAGAAGAGCAGAAAAGAGUCCAGUGAUUCAAGCUCUAAAGAAUCCCAAGAAGAGUUUCUGGAAAAUCCCUGGAAGGAUCGAACAAAGGCCGAAGAACCAUCAGAUUUAAUUGGCCCAGAGGCUCCAAAAACACUUACCUCUCAAGAUGAUAAACCUUUGAACUAUGGCCAUGCUCUGUUACCUGGUGAAGGUGCAGCUAUGGCUGAAUAUGUAAAAGCUGGAAAACGUAUCCCACGAAGAGGUGAAAUUGGCUUGACAAGUGAAGAAAUUGCAUCAUUUGAAUGCUCAGGUUAUGUAAUGAGUGGUAGCAGGCAUCGCCGAAUGGAGGCUGUGCGACUGCGAAAAGAGAACCAGAUCUACAGUGCUGAUGAGAAGAGAGCCCUUGCAUCCUUUAACCAAGAAGAGAGACGAAAGAGAGAGAACAAGAUUCUGGCCAGUUUUCGAGAAAUGGUUUACAGAAAGACCAAAGGGAAGGAUGACAAAUAAAGAUUUUCUGAUUGUCCAGAAGACAUUUUUAACAACAAAAAAGAAAGUCUGGGUUCCACACAUACAUAGGAAAAGAUUAUUAUGUUCUGAGAAAGCUUUAUAGUGCUACUGUGCCUUCUAUUUAAUUCUUUCAGUCCUUCAAUAAAAAGCUGCUUAUUGAUAUAA